AACAAAAACGCUUCAGAUUGUCAACAAGCGCUCUGGUUUGGUUGCGCGCUCAGUUACCACCUUUAAUGACAGUUCUGCACUGAACGCGUUAAACCAGUACAAGUGCCGUUUCGUGGUAAAAACCAAUGUGACAAUUCAAAGCUGAGUUUUUGUGUUAACUGACUUCAACAUAAAGCGGUUAGCUAGCUAGCAUUAGCCGCCCGGAUGCGGUGAAAUCGCCUCGGGAAGCUAACGGCAGCGCAGAUAUUUGCUACGGGCCUCGAGAAGGAGUUCAGAGACAGAGGCGUGAAAGAUGUCCGGCUGUCGGCAGCAGCAGCCCGGUGGUGCUUCGGGAUCUGUGCCGGGAACGAGCUCUGGGAGCUCCGCUAAUGCUAACAUUGUUAAUAACGGGGGAAGCAGCGCUAAUGCUAAUGGAAAUUGUAUUUCUUCACGAAGUCUCGGAUCUGGGAGCGAAACGCAGCUACUGAGACCCAGUUUAUCCGGCGCCAACCACGGCAAAAAAAGACCUCUAUAUAAUGGUCUUAUAAAUCCCUAUGAAGAUAAGAGUAAUGACUUUGUGUGUCCCAUAUGUUUCGACAUGAUCGAGGAAGCCCAUAUGACUAAAUGUGGUCACAGUUUCUGUUAUAAAUGUAUACGGCGGAGUUUAGAGGACAGCAACAGGUGCCCGAAAUGUAAUUAUAUUAUUGACAACGUAGAUCAGCUCUACCCCAACUUUUUAGUUAACGAGCUGAUCCUCAAGCAGAAACAGAGAUCCGAAGAGAAGCGACUAAAACGGGACCACCCUAAUGGAACCAAAUGGCAGUUUUUCCAAGAUGUUCUUGGCACAGAUCAGGAGCAUCUGGAUUUAGCAAACGUGAACUACAUGUUGGAACUGCUGGUGCAGAAAAAGAAGCAGCUCGAAGCGGAAUCACAAGCAGCUCAGCGUCAAAUCCUAAUGGAGUUCUUGAAAGAAGCUAGGAGGAAUAAGAGAGAGCAACUGGAACAGUUACAGAAAGAACUGAACUAUUUGGAAGAGGAUAUAAAAAGCGUUCAGGAUAUGAGUGGGCUGUACUCACCAGUUAUGGAUAUAGACUCCAAUUUGGACAGCACGGUUCCCCAGUUGUGUCCCGGAGAUGCACAUUCUCCUGCACCCAGCAGUAGCAUGAUUGAACCCACAGAGUAUAUCCAGCCUCCCCAGUUCGGCGGAAACUCACAGGGUAAAAGACAGACAUCGUACAACAGCACGCUGGCCUCUCGGAGAAAGAGGUUAACGGCACACUUUGAGGACCUGGAACAGUGCUACUUUUCCAACAGGAUGUCACGAAUCACAGACGACAGCAGAACUGUUAACCAGCUGGACGACUUCAUGGAGUGUCUCUCCAAAUUCACACGUUACAACUCUGUACGUCCUCUGGCCACUCUCUCAUAUGCAAGCGACCUUUACAAUGGUUCUAGUAUUGUUUCUAGCAUUGAGUUUGACCGUGACUGUGAUUAUUUCGCCAUUGCCGGUGUUACCAAGAAAAUUAAAGUGUUUGAGUAUGGAACAGUGAUCCAGGAUGCUGUAGACAUUCAUUAUCCUGUCAACGAAAUGACGUGCAACUCCAAAAUAAGCUGUAUCAGCUGGAGUAGCUACCACAAGAACCUGCUGGCGAGCAGUGACUAUGAGGGAACAGUGAUUCUUUGGGAUGGCUUUACAGGGCAGAGGUCAAAGGUUUAUCAGGAGCACGAAAAGAGAUGUUGGAGUGUAGAUUUCAACCUCAUGGAUCCUAAACUUUUGGCUUCAGGCUCAGAUGAUGCAAAAGUGAAGUUGUGGUCAACUAACCUGGAUAACUCGGUUGCCAGCAUUGAAGCCAAGGCCAAUGUGUGUUGUGUCAAAUUCAGCCCAACAUCUAGGUAUCACCUCGCAUUUGGCUGUGCAGACCACUGUGUCCACUACUAUGAUUUGCGGAACACUAAGCAACCCAUCAUGGUCUUCAAGGGUCACCGGAAGGCAGUGUCCUAUGCCAAGUUUGUCAAUGGAGAAGAGAUUGUGUCUGCCUCCACAGACAGCCAGCUAAAGCUAUGGAAUGUGAACAAGCCCCACUGCUUGCGUUCUUUCAAAGGCCACAUUAAUGAGAAGAACUUUGUAGGUUUGGCCUCCAAUGGUGACUAUGUAGCAUGUGGAAGUGAGAACAACUCCCUAUAUCUGUACUACAAAGGGCUCUCCAAAACUUUGCUGACCUUCAAGUUUGACACUGUGAAGAGCGUUCUAGACAAGGACAAGAAGGAAGACGACACUAACGAGUUUGUUAGUGCCGUAUGUUGGCGGGCUUUACCAGACGGGGAGUCUAAUGUACUUAUUGCAGCCAACAGUCAAGGAACAAUCAAGGUACUUGAACUGAUUUGAAGGUCUACUAGAAACAAUCAUCAGAUCCUUUUGUCAAACCUGGGGAAUAUUUCUAAUGAAAUGUGACUAAGCACAAAAGGAGGAAAACAAAGAAAAAACCCUGGAUUUGGAUACUCAUGUUUUCAAAAAAACACGUGUGUUCCAGUACCGUUUGAGACCAAGAAAAGAUGCAGACAUUUUUGUGGAAAAGUAAAGGAUGACUCUUCGAUUAAAAGUCUCUUUUAAUUCAGUAAAAUGCUGAAUUAAAGGCAUUAAUAAAGACUGAGCCUUUAGUAGGGGCGAAUGUGACGCAUUUUAGAGCUAUGUGAGUACAAAGCCAAAGCACAAGACCAGAACACAAUGAAAUGCUUUUUGUUGUAAAAAAAAAAAAAUCAAUCGCUCAAUCAAUCUUUUGAGCCUUUAGUAUCCAUAUACUCUUUUCAUUUGAUACAGUGUCUAUGAAAUGUCUAUAAAUUUUCCACUCCGGUUGACUGAUGCCGCUGGACUCUCCAAAAAAAUACUGGGCCUUCUUCAGUUUAUAUGUUGCUUAUGUCACGGGACCUCGAGACUUGGCUGCCUAAUGCAAAUAAGGCAGAUUUCCUUAAAAUGCUUUGUGGAAAAGAAGAUACUAAACUGAUUUUUAACUUUAAUGUCAUUAGUUGCCAUGACUUCCUUAUUCUUUUCCCCCUAGUGGUCAUAAUUUUGUCUAAUCUAGGGAUGAAUAAGGUGUUAUGAUGACACUAUGUAUUCUCUAUUGGGAUUAUUUAACAGUCACCCAAAAACAUUGCUGCUCUUUUUAUCAUUAAAUUUCUGUACAAGUAUUAUUUAUUUUUGUAAUUUAUAGAAACUUUGUGAACUUCACACCCAAUUAUAGUGUGUAGGUUUUUUGGAGCUUGGACUUCUGUUGCGUCCCAAUAAUUCCCUUUUUGUGUAUGCAUUCUAUGAUUUUAACCCAUUCAUUUGAAUGAAUAAAUGAUUCUCUUUGCA